GCGUAUCAAAACAGUAUACUGUUUGGCGACAAAAUUUUUGAGGAUUUUGACUGAAAUGAUCGAGGAUCACGACGAACGAGAGACAAUAUGCGACUCCGUGAAUUCCCUGGUGGAAGGUUGCCGCUUGCCGGUCAGGAUGCAUGGCACAGAGGACUGGCCGCUUGCUGAAAUCAUCAGCGUUAAGGAAGUACGGGAUAUCAAGUGUUACUACGUUCAUUAUAUAGACUUUAACAAAAGAUUAGACGAAUGGGUUUCGGAAGAAUGUCUGGAUACUCGGAAAGUGCAGUAUCCACGUCGGGAUGGAACGACUCCUGGCACAGGUGCGGCGACGCCAAAGAAACAAGCACCGAGCAGGCCACCAAGUCCAACCAAUGUGGAACCCGAACCGGUCAACGGCUCCGCAGUCCUUCAAGCAGCAUUACAAAAAAAGAUGGCAAGGAAGAGGAAAGGUACCUUCCUGGAAAACGAAGAUUCCCAGGAUGGACCACCCCAACCGCAUCAAGGAACAGGACCAAGGCCAACCGGCUCGUUAGUGGCGCAUCACCACGACGACGUUGUGACACGAAUGAAAAACAUAGAACUAAUAGAACUGGGACGUCACAGGAUAAAGCCAUGGUACUUCAGUCCAUACCCACAAGAAAUGGUGAACUUUCCGUGUAUUUAUAUCUGUGAGUUUUGCCUGAAGUACCGUAAAAGUCGAAAGUGCCUGGAAAGACACUUAGUGAAGUGUACGUUACGCCACCCGCCGGGAAAUGAGAUUUAUCGAAAGGGUUCGAUAUCGUUUUUUGAAAUCGACGGUAGGAAAAACAAGAACUACGCUCAGAAUCUGUGUCUCUUGGCGAAGUUAUUUCUGGAUCACAAGACUCUGUACUUCGACACGGAUCCUUUUCUUUUCUAUGUGAUGACGGACUUCGAUAGUAGGGGUUUUCACAUAGUGGGUUAUUUUUCAAAAGAGAAAGAGUCGGCGCAAGACUACAACGUUGCCUGUAUCUUAACGUUACCUCCAUACCAAAGAAAAGGAUAUGGAAAACUGCUCAUCGAAUUUUCGUACGAGCUCUCGAAAUUCGAGGGCAAGACUGGAUCUCCGGAGAAACCACUCUCCGACUUGGGACUGCUCUCGUAUAGAAGUUACUGGGCUCACACGAUACUGGACAUUCUUCUGAACGUGAAGCCCUUAGUCGAGAACGAGAAGCCGCAGAUAACAAUAAAUGAGAUAUGCGAGUUGACGUCGAUUAAAAAAGACGACGUGAUAUCGACGUUGCAAAACCUCAAUCUCAUUAACUACUACAAGGGACAAUUUAUUGUAACGUUAAAUAGGGAAAUAAUCGAGCAACACGCCGCGGCGAUGGAGAAACGUCAAAUCAGAAUCGAUCCCAAGUGUCUGCACUGGACGCCAAAAGACUGGAGCGUUAGAGCAAAAUGGUGAAAUAAUCGCGAACUAGACAAUAAAACGACGCUAAUCCGUCUUGAAAUCCGUUUCAGGAGUGCAGGAAGCGACUGCGUACGUUUAACGAGUGUACAAAGCUGUACAUAAGAUUAGGAGCUGCGGUCUAGCGUUUCGAUGAGACUGCCUUGGCUUUGCACGCGAGGCGACUAGAUCACGAAGCGUUCGUCCCCUCCUCGUAGUAGUUUUUAACGAAGCGAACCGACUGUGAUCAGAGAUUACUUUGCGAGAUAGAACUACGAAUUGUCGCACUGCUUACACGUUAAGCCGAGGAAAUUCAGUUUUACCACGGUGGAUUAGACUUUUUUAAAGCUGCGAACUAUUGUAAUUAACGAUUUGUACAGGACUUUCAUGGUGUAGAAUUGUAAAUAAAUGUGAUUUUUUAUAACA